AUGGGGUUACUCUUUGUGGUACUUGUUCUGUCCGUGUAUGCUGCAAAAGACAUGUACGCAACAACACCUUACUCGACUGACAAUAACAUCUUUUAUGCAGCUCCGCUCCAAAACUGUUUAAUGUAUCACAGGUUCAUGUCCAAUGGAAAUUAUUAUUACGUCAAGUUCCAAAACACAGACCCUAAAGUCACUUAUUACUCCGAUGAGUUGUGUGAAAAGACUGUUGGUGCUUUAGAAGCUCCCGACACUUGGACGAUUCAAGAAUUGGACUUGGACACUUAUACCACCAUUACAACACCAGCCGGUUCUGGAGUCACUCUUGUUUUCUCCUCCAAAUGUGGCAAAGUCACCGACACAACAUCACUUGAUACAAAAGUAGAGUCGAGUCAACUCACUCUUCGGAUGUAUAACAAUGCAGAGUGUAAGUUAGACGACAACGACAAAGCCUAUUAUUCUCAAAAGUUCACUUGCCAAGAUAAAAACGUCUUUAAAACCUCCAGCAAUCAAAACAUGACUGGUGAGCCGUACCGAGCUCGCAUCACUUGUGGUGCUUCUCUCUUCUUUUCUGUCCUUUCAGCCCUCCUGUUCUUCUUGUUCUGA